AUGCCGAGUGCUGCACGGCGAGAACAGCGCAGCCAUUCCGCCCAUGGCGCCGAAAAGAUGGCUGCUGCUCUAGCACUCUUUCAUCUAGGCAGCGGAGGGGAGGCCGAGAUUUGUUUGCUGGGUAAGGUACGGAGUACGGACGGGGAUAUCGAAGGUCCAGACUCUUCUCUCUCUCCCGUCUACGGAGCAAGGCAUCCAUGGGUGGCUCCCCAGCAGCUGAAGAUCCCGCCCGUCUCGGCGGACGUCCGGUGGCUGGUGGAUGGACUGGAACUUCUGGAACUUCUGGAAGGUCUAGGAAUGGACGGCAAGACAACCUGA